CUGGAAAGCUUUAUAAAGCCGGCUCUGUUAUCACCUGAGUAUCCAUAGUCAAUGAAAAUGUAUAACAUCGGGAACUUGUUUAACAAUUACUCUAUCUAGGUAAUAAAUAAACGACUAGAUAAUGAUAAAUAUUUAGUACACCAUUUACUCUGAAACAGCGAAUGAAUGGAAUAUUAUUAGUUGUAAUCUAAGGUUGUCUGGGCAACAGAUAUGAAGCAAUUAAAGAAUGAUAAAGAAGCUGCUGGAACUAGGACGCAUGUGCGUUUCUGUCUGAUUAAUUUUUAGAAGAGAAACAUUCCGUCAACAAACUUCCUGUAAUCAACACUGUUCCUCCCAGGGGACGCCAGUAGUUAUUAUUACAAGUUAGAAAGUGAAGCAUUUGAACAGUUUGAAAUUCAAUUAAUUUCUUUUGUAUUCUUUCUCUAAGACAAUGGUGCGUAACAUCGAAAUAUAAUGAAACGUUCGAAGCAGAAAAAGUUAUAGUUCAACAUAACGCUUGGUACGAUCGGAUUUUUCCCUCUAGUGCGGGGAUAAUUGAUAAUUUCAGCUCAUUAUUGGAGCGAUAUAAUGGUUUCCUACGAAAAGCGUGAAACUCUACGUUGAUUAUACGUAUAUGGAAAUUGCAAAGGAAAAAAAGCUACUCCUUUGAGGUUACCCCAGUAAUUCAAUGACGCUUCAUUCUUCUCGGAUAUGUAGUGGCAGUAUUCAAUAAGCUGGAUAUAUCAAAGGACCAUUGUUUCUUCCAGGAAAUUAUUGUCAGUCAGCAAAAAUUGUAUGUAAAGAAAUAUAGAAAUAACGUAAUUUAGAAAUCGUAUGAUACAGAGAGUAAUAACGGAAAAUCGAAUUAAUAGAAAUUGUCGCGUGUAGAUUACAUAUAGGAGGAUAUGAGAUAAACAAGUAACAUACUAUGGAAUUGUGGGUCGAAAACAACUAGUGGACAUCACUUAUUUUGUGAUUCAUACGUGUAGGUAUAGGUAACAGUGGUGUUAAAACAGUUGUGCUAUAAAAAUUAUUGCUUACAAUGUCAACAAUCAUCGAAAACCCUGAAAUACCUCUUGUCGGGAUGAACGGAAGAAAUAAACUGUAUUCCGACGACUUCACAUCGCCGCAAAAUGGAGACAUUGUUGGCAAUUCCAGACCUUUUCGGUUCGAAACCGUCGGAAAGAUGUUGGCCAAGCGUAAGGAGCUGUUUCAAAAGCGCAAACGACAUUGUGACGUGUCGCUCUGUUUGGCAGUUCUUGGCGUGGCUUUUAUGAUUGUGGAAACAGAAUUGACUUCGGCUUUCAUCAUCGGCAGAAACACGAUUGUAUCUUACCUAUUAAAAAUGUGUAUAACAGCGCUGACUGUGGCUUUACUGAUAUUUAUAGGUUUGUAUCACUACAAUGAUAUACAGAUUUUUGCGGUGGGCAAUGGUGUUGAUGAUUUAAGACUAGCUAUGUCUGCGAGAAGGAUUAUCAAAAUUAUAGCAGAAUUCAUUGUCUGUAGUAUUCACCCAAUUCCGGGUGCGUUUACAAUCACGUGGGAAGCUACUGUUGCAGACGGACAAAACGCGCGAAAAAUGACGGUUCCUCUCGACGUCAUUUUGUCACUUCCGAUGUUUUUACGGUUUUACCUCAUUUGUCGGGCUAUUAUGUUACAUAGUCGUUUAUACCAAGACGCUUCCUCACAGGGAUUAGGGGCAUUAAAUCGCAUACACUUUAACUUCCGGUUUAUAUUUAAAUCGCUUAUGACUCUUUACCCUGAAUAUGUUUUGACAAUAAUCAUGUUCGCUUCAUUUUUGACUUCAAGUUGGGCUCUACGUCUUUGUGAAAUGUAUGGCGAAGAUGGCUACAAAGACGAUGUACAUGCUAGUUUCCUCAACUGCAUGUGGCUUAUUGCUGUAACCUUUCUCUCUGUUGGUUAUGGAGACAUUGUGCCUACGUCAUAUUGUGGGCGUGGCAUUGCCGUUUUGACGGGUAUGAUGGGGGCGGGGUGUACUGCCCUAGUUGUCGCCGUUUUAGCGAGACGACUAGAACUAUCCAGAUCGGAAAAGUAUGUCCAUGACUUUGUUAUAGAUGCCGAUUUAGACAAGCGCCUAAAACACAAUGCUGCAAAUGUGAUGCGUGCCGGAUGGUUUGUUUAUAAGUAUAAAAAAUCAAAAGAAAGAAGUUCAAAAAUAGUUUCACACCACCGAAAAUUAUUACGGGCAGUAUAUAACAUAAGGGAGAUUAGGGCUGCUCAGAGACGGCUGAUGGAUAAUUCUGUGACACUUGUGGAAGUUGGAAAGUCGCAAAAUGAAAUUACAAGCGCAAUUUAUGUGAUGAAGUGUAGACAGACAUUGCUGGAGGAAAAGAUGGUUAGUGUUGAGGGAAAGCUUUCUUUAAUUUUGGAUCAGGUCGUUGCAAUUAAAAGAGCAUUAUAUCGAGCCAAAGAUGAAUAAAUAAGUACCCUUGAGCAUAAUACAUAAGAUAAUAGUUUGGCUGAUAAAGCAGAGUGCUUCACUGCGAGAAAGAUCACUACGGCCAGUUUUAAAUCACCUCUUAAACCACUAUGGUCAAUUUCUACUUUGUCUUAUUUCAAUUCGUUCGUAAAUAUUCUUGUUAUAGUCUUUCACAUUUCUUCAUGAACACGAAAAUAUCAUUUUCAAACUAAAAGAAACAGUUUUUAGCAAAACAAAAUUAACAGUAUUACAGUUCAUACUUAAUAUAUACCAAAGUGUAUAAAAAUGUCCUAUUUACGUGCAUCUAAAUGCACGACUACAACUUUAGAUAUCUAUUCUACACGAACACUACAUAAGAUGCACUGAAUCCCUGUGGUUUUACAUUUACAUGAUUAUAAAAUCUACAUAUAAUUUCAGUAUUUGAAGGAACUAGUCCUUAGAAAAUUAUACAACUUUAAUUUGUCUGUUAAUUUAACAGUUCUAACAAUUGCAUGUUAUUUUUGCCCGGAUUUCAUUUACUUUACUAUUGUGUGUGUACUGUUCAUUUGUUUAUGCACAUUUUAACCUUUUUGUUUGUGAAACAAGUACAAGCCCAUUUAAGCGUAUGAAAAACAAUGUCUUCAUAAAAACAAGUUGUUUGAUAUAAUGUUUUGGAUAUGUUAUUUGCUGAAUUAUUCAGUCUUUUCUAAAUGUUAAGUUCCACGAAGCGUUUCUUUCCGUACUGUUGCAUCUUUUAUGAAAGUAAUGUAGAAGGAUAUUGAAAAUAUACUGUAUUGAACGCUUGGAAUAAAUGGCAUGAUGCAAG